GGAAGGGGAGGAGAAAAGGUGUUUUUGUAGUGAUGAUGUUAGAGCGGAAGUCGCGUUGUGUGAUAAAAUAAAAAGAAACAUAAUAAUAAAAAAGAAAUAUAAGAACAAAAAAAGAAAAGAGAGAAAAUGUUUCUCUCAAGGUGUGUAACUCUUCAGUGUUGAGGAAGGAAAAGUAGAGAGCAACAAUAAAACAUUUGGUAGGCAACGGUACAAGAUGGCUUCAACUCAGGGGAUUCAGCUGAGCAAAGUGAGCCCCUCGUUUUUGCAAGCCAACUCAACUAGUCACACAUGGACGUUCAGUGCGAUGGCCGAGCUCAUCGACAAUGCCUAUGAUCCAGAUGUCAAUGCAUCUCAGCUGUGGAUUGACAAGACAAUCUUUAAUAAUAAAAUCUGUUUGACAUUUGUGGAUAAUGGAAAUGGAAUGGAUCCAGAGAAAUUACUUAGAAUGUUAAGUUUUGGAUUCUGUGAAAAGGUUGCCGUUAGCGGACAUAAACCAAUAGGGCAAUAUGGCAACGGCUUCAAGUCUGGUUCAAUGCGUCUUGGUCGUGAUGCACUUGUUUUUACCCGAAAUCUGAACAGUAUGAGUGUCGGCAUGUUGUCACAAUCAUACCUCGAAGCUGUCCGGGAGGAGACUGUGCUUGUCCCUAUCGUCACCUGGAAACUUCCUCAGAAAACUCGCUCUGCCAACCAAGGGAGUUUAAACAACUUAAGAGCAAUUCUCAAGUACUCUAUAUUUCGCAAAGAAAGCAGCUUACUUGAGGAACUUGGCACUCUUGAAAUGCUCAAAACUGGAACCAAAAUUAUUAUCUACAAUUUGAAAAGGGGCAAUGAUGGCAAGCUCGAACUGGACUUCGAAAGUGAUUCUGCCGACAUCCGAAAUCCAGAGAGUCACGAGUUUGAUUACUCCUCUAUCAACCGUCCUCUCAGCCAGUACUCACCCGAGUACCGUAGAUCACUUAGAGAAUACUGUUCCAUCCUCUAUUUGAAACCUAGGAUGAAGAUUAUACUUCGAGGUAAAAAAGUUCAAACCAAAUUAAUUUCAAAGAGUUUGUCCAGAACAGAAACAGACAUCUAUCGACCUACCUGGCUUCCAAAACCGAUUCUGCUUACGUUCGGCUUCAGUCCAAACAAGAAUGAAUUUGAUUCAGAAAAUUAUGGUGUGUUGAUGUAUCAUCGGAACCGAUUGAUCAAAGCCUAUGAGAAAGUCGGUUACCAGCGGCAGGCCAAUGAACUUGGUGUUGGUGUUGUCGGAGUUGUUGAGGUGGAUUUUCUUGAUCCCAUUCACAACAAACAAGAUUUUAAACGAACAGACCGAUAUAAUACCUUCAUGACAUCGUUAGGGACCAAAUUAAAUGACUACUGGAAUGAGAAGUGUGGUGGUAGUAGCAGUGUGAAGAUCCAGUCAGUGUCUAGUGCCACUGGAACGCUGUUUCCUUCAGUUGCUCCAGAACCUGACUGGUUGUGGGUGCAGUGUGAUAACUGCUUGAAAUGGCGCCGUCUGCCAACUGGGAUUGGGUUCCGAGACUUACCAGAGAAAUGGUAUUGUCACAUGAACCCUGAUGCCUCUCAUAAUCGAUGUGAUGUUGAAGAGGAACCAGAAGAUGAAGAUGAAGCCCUCCGUCGACCCUCCUAUGAAAAAACAUUCAAAAAAGCUCAAGAAAUCCAAAGAAAACGAAAACAAAUUGAAGAAGUGACCAGUUCAACAGAGAAGAAACCCAGCACAACAGAACUGACACAGGCUCAAAAGGCUUUAGAAUCCUUAAUCCAAAAACAAAAAACCCAAGCAAAGAUAAUCCAAAAACUAAAGUCACAGAAAGAUCACAUCAAAACGAAGCAAGUUGAGAUCUUGAAAGCAGCUGAAGUUCUUCACAUGGUGCAACGACGUAACGAUAACUACCUCGACACAAACUGGUCAAAUGUCAGCUCCACAAGCCAACCGAACCGCAUGAUACCUGCAGCUGGUGUAACUCCUCCCGGUAAACGUUCCUUAGACACAGCACCAGAAACUGUCACUUUAGUGAAGCGCCAUCGCAUCAAGACAGAGGACGGUAACUACGUGACAGUGACGUUGAACGAGGACACUGCUUCCGUACCUGACCUGGCCACUCGUCGGCGAGAAGAGAAAGAGAAAAGCAAUCAGGAGCCCGUCGGGGUGAUUGAUUUGACAGACGAUGAUGACCCUAAAAUGAAAAGCACGAAUGGUAUACUGCCAGCAUCGAAUAGCAACAUGAUGCCUACCUCAGACGUGUCAGUCGCUGUUGAAGUCAGUGAAACACCAAUAGACAUGGAAGUAACUGCAAUGGAGGUAACAAGGAAUCGCUCUUCGGCUAGUGCCAACGAGGUUGUCUCUGUGCUGCCAUCGGCCAAUCGGGCACUAAAUGAAGACGACGGCAUAAAGAUAAUCUCUGUGAAUUCUGUUGCUUCGUUGCCGACGCAGGCGGCUGCGGCCGAUUCUGUUGUCUCUGCUGCACAGCCACAGAACAAUGCAUCCCCUGCUGCAGUGACUCCUGCAGCAGCAGCAUCACCACCAUCCUCCUCUGCUUCGAGACUCGCAUCCGAGCCUGCUGUGAGCGAAGAUGGUGAAGAGGAGAACCUGGAUUGUGUGAAGAAACGGUUGAAUGAGUUGCGUGAAAAUGUGAAGAGAUUAAUCGAAAUAAUCGUCCCAAACAUAGACUUUGGCGAACACAAAAUCGAUGACGUUGUUGUCGAGAUGAUUCGGAUUAAUUCACAGGUGAACUCAUGAGAGGGAGGGUGAGGGGGAAGUGCGGGAGUGAACAAUGACAAUACAAAAGAAAAACAAGUCAAAUAAUAAAGAGGAUGAAAGGUGAGCAAGGAAGGGGGGAAAGAGAGAGUGAGUGAAUGAGUGAGAGAGAUGGAGAGAGAGGCUGUUCUGUAAAGGAAUUGAUUGGCACAACAGCAUCAGCAUCAACUGAACAAAAGAAGAACUGACAAGACUUUGGAGAAGUGUCUCUCACGGUGGCGCUGGUGCUGUUGUGCUUUUCUAAUUCAAAUGAACAAACAAGCAAAGAUCUAUCCUUCAACUUUUGUGGAUUUACAAAUUCAUUUGUGAACUGAAGAAAGAAAAAGUCUUUUAUUUAAAAAAAAAAAUUCUCUUUUUUUA